ACCACACAAAAAAAAAAUAUCUGCAUAGGGAUCAUGGAGCAGCCCAUCAAAGGCUCAUGGCCGACUACUUCGACGAGUCAUGCACUUACUCCGACAUGCAGUUUCGCCGAAGAUAUCGAAUGAAAAGGUCAUUGUUUCUACGAAUUGUAGACGCAUUAUCAAAUUAUGACAACUACUUCACUCUAAGGCGUGAUAAUUCAAAAAAAUUGGGCUUGUCACCUAUCCAAAAGUGUACAGCUGCCAUCCGCAUGCUUGCAUACGGAGUCGCCGCAGAUGCAUGUGAUGAGUAUGUGAAGAUUGGAGAAUCCACCACAAUUGAGUGCACUCGCAAUUUUUGCGAUGGGGUAAUUGCUUUGUUUCAAGAUGAAUACUUAAGACGUCCAAAUGUGGAAGACGUGCAGAGGUUACUCCAAGUUGGUCAGGAGCGUGGUUUCCCCGGAAUGAUUGGAAGUAUCGACUGCAUGCACUGGCAAUGGAAGAAUUGUCCUAAGGCUUGGCAAGGGCAGUUUACUAGUGGACACAAGGGGACGGCAACAGUUAUCCUUGAGGCAGUGGCAUCUUUUGAUUUAUGGAUAUGGCAUGCUUUUUUUGGUUUGCCAGGUACAUUGAACGACAUUAAUGUACUAGAUAGGUCACCGGUAUUUGACGAUAUUGAGUCCGGUGAAGCCCCGGAGGUGAAUUUCAUUGUCAAUGGGCGACAAUACAAUCGUGCUUACUAUCUUGCAGAUGGAAUAUAUCCGAAAUGGCCUGUCUUUGUCCAAUCAAUUCAAUUGCCCCAAGGCAACAAAGCGCAGUUGUUUGCCAAACAACAAGAAUCAUGUAGGAAGGAUGUGGAACGCGCAUUUGGGGUUCUCCAAGCACGAUUUGCUAUUAUUCGCCAGCCCGCUAGAAUGUGGGACAUUGAGGUCUUAGGUAAAAUAAUGAGGGCUUGCAUUAUUUUACAUAACAUGAUAGUCGAGGAUGAACGAGAUACAUAUUUGCGAAACUGGGAAAAUAUUGACUUCGAACCAUCGAACAAUGCUAGUGCUAGCUCUAGCUCCUCUUUCAAUGUCCAAACACAAGUGUUGCCACAAUUUGAAGUGCACGUUCAAGCCCGAGCCGAAUCGGAUAUUCAUACUAGAGCCGAUCUACGUGAUAGGGCCAAACACAUUCAGUUGAAAAAGGAUCUCGUCGAGCACAUUUGGCAAAAAUUUGGAGCAACCUUCGAAUAGAAA